AAAGUGGAAGAUGAAGAUAGGAUUUUGGGUUUUAUCCUGAAGUUCUCUCCUCUCUUCUGCUCUCGCUCUUAGCUUCAAUGGCAUCUUCUCUAUCAACUUUUUAUCAUCUCAGCGGUUCUCUUUGUCCGAAGAACGCCGACAAUGUCAAGCUCGCCUCCUCUUUUCUUCCUUCAGCCGUCAAUUUAUCCUCAAGACCCGGCAUUUCUUGUCACCCAUUCGUCAACAAGAAACAGUCCCCACUUCUCUCUUCAACUCCUCGAUUCUUGACCGUAAUCGCCAUGGCUCCUCCGAAACCCGGCGGAAAACCCAAAAAAGUGGUUGGGAUGAUAAAGCUGGCUCUGGAGGCGGGGAAGGCGACUCCGGCGCCACCUGUGGGGCCAGCCCUCGGUGCGAAGGGUGUGAAUAUCAUGGCUUUUUGUAAGGAUUACAAUGCUAGAACUGCUGAUAAAGCUGGAUAUAUUAUCCCUGUUGAAAUUACCGUAUACGAUGAUAGGAGCUUCACUUUCAUUCUCAAGACACCACCUGCUUCCGUUUUGCUCCUCAAGGCAGCAGGUGUGGAGAAAGGUUCUAAGAACCCCAAGCUAGAGAAGGUGGGAAAGGUUACCAUUGAACAAGUACGUGCAAUUGCUGCUGAAAAACUGCCAGAUUUGAAUUGUACGACAAUUGAAUCAGCAAUAAAAGUCAUAGCUGGGACAGCAGCUAAUAUGGGAAUCGAUAUUGACCCUCCUGUUCUUGAACCAAAAGUGAAGAAACUUGUGUAGUACUUUCAUCCCAAUAUGCCUGUAGCAAUGUUUAGUAUCGUCUGUUAAAAUAUUUUUAUACCUCCAUUUUUUUUUAUCUCCUUCAGCCUGAGAGGUCAUGUAUAUUUUAUGAUUAAAUUGAGUAUGUUUUCUGGGCUGUGGCUUGUCACCAAAACUGUCACUGUGAUUAGAAAGUAUUUGAACCUCUGUUAUUCCUUGAAAACACUGAUCUGGUUGCAUAAUUGACAAGUUGUAUAUACUGUCGCAUCUUUAAUAGAUGAGUUCGAAUCCU